CGAUGAUGUCAUGAAGACGUAGUAAUAGGCUCGUUGGUUGCUACCUCAGCUGGAGCCUCCAAACCACGUGAUAUCGAGUGUAACUAGGUACUUACAGUGGAAGCACACUACCUAUAGCCCCUACCGUCCAACAACUUCUACGUCUCGCUUUGUUGAUUUAACUAACACCUUGAGAAAAGCGGGCACGAGGAGAAGGAAACAGAUAGAUGUGGUUAGCAAUUUAGGGUGUGAUACAGACUGAUAUGGUUUAAAACAAAGGACCUUAAGCGGAUUGUGGUAUCUGGGAAGCUUCCUUAGACUCACUCUACCCCCCUACUCUGGACAGACACACAAGGUUUCAUGACUGUGAGAUACAGAGUGAUUCUUUCAAGACAUUUCGCUUCACUAUCGUUUAAACACUUCCUCAACACAAAAACAACAACGAGCCUCGUGACAGUAAUAACACCCUUUGCAACCAUAUGUUAACGGCAUUACGCGAUGGAUAGUCAUGACUUUUACGGUCAUGAUGAGGAUGAACUUAUGAGAGCUGCCAUCCGCGCAUCGUUAUUGGACGCAGCAAGACAGUCACCAGCGGUAGCAGCAUCCGCAGCGCCACCUCGCGAGUCCAAUUUUGUUGAUCUAACAGUUGAGUCUGACUCAAGCGACUCUUCGCAGUCAGAUCCCCAAAGAUUAGCAAGAGCUUCUGCUGGGUCGUUCAAGGAAGUGGUUGAGGGCUCAGACAUGGAGCUUGAAGAAGCGAUUAAGUUAUCGUUACAAAGGCGCGAUUCUUCGGGAAGUACCGGUGCAAAGGGGGAGGCACCGUCUGCCCUGGCUGAAAGGGGUGGAGAGAAGACAUCUCCAGAUGAUGCGGCGCCUGGCUCCACAAAAUCAAGUUCUCUAGUGGGUAUUUUGGGGAUGGAUCGCAAGAAGAUGGAGGAGGAAAGAUUGGCGCGACUUGGAAAGAAGCGGAAGGCUUCAAGUACAUCCGAGCUUCCUGCAUCGAAACUUGCUGCGACUAGAAGCAAGAACGAAGAUGCCGCUGUUGGAGCUGAAAUGCCUGGCCAUCAUCUACCUGGAAAUGCAGAGCGGAGCAGAAACAAAGAGACUACAAAAUCUGGAGUUCUGUCACAACCACUGCCAUUGGCGUCUACUUCAUUACAGUUCCCGAAUGGUGUAGUCAAGAAGACCUGGGCUUUUGGUUAUGAUAGGACAGGCGACGAUAUCAAGUUUGAAGAAGUGGUACAGAAAUCGGACCUUGAGCUCGCCGUCCUGAGUUCUUACAUGUGGAAUGUGGAUUGGAUGUUUUCGAAAUUUGAUAUUAAACAGACUAGGUUUCUCCUUAUCAUGGGAGAGAAGGAAGAAGACAAAAAACGGGAGCUUGAGAAUGACACGAAAUCAAUGGGAUCCGUCAGACUUUGUUUUCCUCCCAUGGAGCCGCAAGUGAAUUGCAUGCAUUCCAAGCUCAUGCUCCUUUUUCAUCCCAGUUACCUUCGAAUUGCAGUACCAAGCGCGAACCUCGUCCCAUUUGAUUGGGGCGAACAGGGGGGGGUCAUGGAAAAUAUUGUGUUUCUUAUCGACCUACCUCUGAAAUCACCGGAUUUAGCCAACGGACCUGGUACAUCAUUCCUCGAUGAUCUAGUUUACUUCCUUCAGGCGUCUAAUUUACACGACCAAAUUAUAAAGAAGAUGCUUCAAUUCGAUUUUAGCGCUACGAAGGAUAUCGCGUUUGUGCACACAAUUGGCGGAUCUCACACAGAUCCGAAAUGGAGAAAGACGGGACUGUGCGGACUUGGAAGUGCCAUAACCGCACUGGGUCUUCAAACCACUCGUGAUAUAAACCUUGACUACGUUACUUCCUCAGUAGGCUCACUGAACGAACAAUUUCUGCGAUCUAUGUAUCUUGCAGCACAAGGAGAUAGCGGGCUAAAAGAGUUGACCCUUCGCACAUCCAAGAGGUUCCCGUCCGAAAACUGGGGAGUGGUAACCAAAAGAACGGACGGUGGAAAGUGGAAAGACAAAUUCCGUGUCGUUUUUCCAUCGCUUGACACGGUUCGGAAGUCCAAAGGCGGCGCGGAGAAUGCUGGGACGAUAUGCUUUCAAUCAAAGUGGUAUAAUUCAGCGACAUUCCCGAAAGACAUAAUGAGAGAUAAUAUCAGUCGAAGAGAGGGAUUAUUAAUGCAUAACAAGAUACUUUUCGUCCGUCCCGAGAAACCCAUCACCAGCUUAAAGGACAAUUCCACCCGCUACGCUGGUUGGGCAUACGUUGGCAGUGCAAAUCUAUCAGAAAGUGCCUGGGGCCGCCUCGUCCUCGACCGCUCAACCACCAAACCAAAAUUAAACUGCCGAAACUGGGAAUGCGGUGUCGUGAUCCCCAUUCGCCACAACGAUGCAGGAAAGCUAUCAUCCAUCCCGUCGACUGGUAGAACUGCUACUCUCCUCGCUAAAUCCGAGUCGGAGGACUCCAGCGCCAACUCAGACGACGGGUCAGAGGUCACUACUGUGUUCGAGCCGACAAUUCCCGUUCCGAUGAUUGUUCCUGCACCGAGAUAUCACGGGCGUAAUAGACCGUUUUUUUAUAUGGAGGAUUGAUUAAUUUGAUUGUACAAUGUCGGUUAUUUGGUGCUAUUUCCUUCUCUUCCUUCCGGUCUCUUAGCGACUGGAGCGGCAACGUAAUUCAUAACACAUGCACUGUGUUUCUUAUUCAUCAAUACGGUCAAUGGCGGGUGGCUGUUAAUGUGACUUUCGGCCUAUCCCUCGCCCCCUUUCCCCAGCAGUUUACAUUCUCUAUGCCUGAGGCAACCGACGAAGCGAAAUACCUUUGAUAACUUGGACAAUAAAUUUCCACUUCAUUAUUAUCUUGGGACAGUUCAGAUCAUGAUAAAAUGAAGAACAUGUGACUACCCCAGCAGGAAAAAAAGAAGACAGGCAGUGGCAUUAUUGAGUGAAUAAAUUGAAACAGGACAAAAGAAAAUCUCAUGACACGCAAAUAGAGUUGAUUAAACAGUGGAACAAUUUGAAAUCAGUGGGCACCAAGUCAUAGUAGGCUGGAAUCGUGACUGGCUGUUGUUAACUUUCCCAUUUCCAAGUGUAUUACCAUGCCAUGAGCGCAUAUCCCGAUUGUUUUGCGGUCAUGCUUUCCGCAUAAUAGAUCGUAUCUGUAGCUUAAUGCGCUGCUUCAAAUUUUUGUAAGUGAUAAAACGAAUUCUUGCCUUG